AUGGCGAACCUGAGCUUCUCGCGGGCUCUGGGCCUGGGACUGGGGCUGUUCCUGCUCUGCCUCCUGGCGCUGCCCCGCGAUGCCUGUGCUCUCCCGGGGAGUCGCUUAGUUGGAGAACGCCAGGACCUGUCACCCAGCGACCCGCAGGUGCAAAAAGCAGCGCAGGCGGCCUUGGCCAGCUACAACAUGGGCAGCAACAGCCUCUACUACUUCCGCGACACCAGGAUCCUCAAGGCCCAGAGUCAGCUGGUGUCUGGUGUCAAGUAUUACCUGACCAUGGAGAUGGGGAGCACAGCCUGCCGGAAGAACAUGGCCGCUGGAGAUGGCAUAGAUAUCACUGCCUGCCCCCUGGCCACAGGAGUGCAGGAGGAGAAACUGCGCUGUGACUUCGAGAUCCUCGUGAUCCCCUGGGAAAAUACCUCCCGGCUCCUAAAGCAUAACUGUGUGACCAUAUCCUAGACCCCGUCAGGCAUGGGAACCGGAAGGAGCAGGUGCAGUGGGGAAGGCCCUUCAGGUCCAUGGACGUAUC